CAACUUGUCAAUCGUACAAGAGCUCGUUUUUUUAAUUAUCAAGCUAGUUAUUGUGACACAGGUAAAUGUGAUGAUGAUACACUAGUGUCCAAGUUAUGUAACGCGUGUAGAGAAUUACAACAAGCUGUGGUUGUUGCUUGUUAUGAUACCUGUUAUGCUGGAGAAUAUGCAUCAGAACAAGCACCAAUCUUAAGUUUACCAUGGUUAUUUGCUACACCUCUUUUACAAAAUCGAAUAGAUAAAGAACAACCAUCAUCAGAAGGUUUAUUAAGUAUCGCAAUGAAAAAUGCUCUUGGUAGAUUACUUUCUGUUCAACAUCGACUUCGAUUGGAUGGCUCGACUUUACAAUUUCAAACAUCUGAGAAACGUAUUGUUGGUGAAGCUAAUGUGGAUUUGACAGUUUGUGUAUUUAUUGAAAUACUUCAACAAUGUAUGGAAUCAAAAGAUUAUUCAUAUUGGCCUUGGAUAGUUAGUCAUUUUGUACGAAAUACAUCAUCAUUUGUGCUCAUGUCUAAACAAUCUACACCAACUGAUGAAUGGAAACUCAUUUUACGACCUCAUGAAAUAGAUGAGUAUGAUGAGUAUGCUGCUUUACUCAUUUCAAUGAAUUGGACAGAAGAAGAAGAUCGUAUGAUGCAUGUUUAUUUUCAAAAUAUUCUUGAUAUUUGUUUUGAUAAAGGACGACAAACAAAUGACAUAGGUUUUCUUAAUAUCAGUGAAGAUAUUAUAUUAUUAUUACAAAAAAUGGCUAUUAAUGAAACAAUUAUUUAG